AAUAUUCUGGCUGGAGGCUUGGCCGGUUCCAUCACAGCCACGUUUGUGUGCCCUCUGGAUGUCCUGAAGACGCGCCUGCAAGUGCAGCGACGAGUGCCUGGUGUCAAGUACAACGGCAUCAGCGGUGGCUUGAGCAAAAUUCUGGCCGAGGAGGGGGUCAAAGGCUUGUAUAGGGGGCUAACCCCUACACUCCUGGCACUGUUGCCAAACUGGGCCGUGUACUUCACAGUGUAUGAGCGGCUCAAGAUCAGCCUUGGCAACAGGGCUCAAGGGCAUGCAUUUAUUAAGCCGCCGAUGGUCCACAUGGCAGCAGCCACUGGCGCUGGUGUGGCGACCAUGCUGGUGACCAAUCCCUUGUGGGUUGUGAAGACGCGGCUGCAGACCCAACACAUGGGCCUGCGAAUGGGGCGAGCAUCGGGUGGCAGGGCUCCGUUGUACACUGGCACCUUUAAUGCCCUCUCGCGGAUUGCUAGGGAGGAGGGAAUUGCUGGUCUGUACAGUGGACUGCUUCCUUCGCUGAUUGGAGUCUGCCACGUGGCCAUCCAGUUCCCACUGUAUGAGGCGUGCAAGAAGAGGAUCGCAGAGCACAAGGGUACAUCCCCUGACAGACUUGACCCUCUCAGCCUGGUGGGCAUCAGCGCCUUCAGUAAAAUGGUGGCAUCCACGGCGACGUACCCGCACGAAGUUGUGCGAUCUCACAUGCAUGUGGCCGGCUCCGGGCCCUUCAAUGGCUUCCUGAAAACCUGCAAGCAGAUCUACCGGGAGGAGGGAGUCAAGGGCUUCUACAGGGGAUGCACUGCAAAUCUGAUCCGCACAACACCAGCUGCAGCGCUCACCUUCACGACCUUCGAGCUGCUGUCCCGUCACAUGAGGGAGUUGGGAUGCCAGCAGAGGAAGAAAGAAAAGGGGGAGGAAGCGCUGCAGCUGCAGAAGGCCUCAGCAGUCUGA